UGAUGUCACUAACGUGGCGGAAAUGUAGUGCCUGUGACACUCUAGGCUAUUCCAUCUAGAUACAUUUUAAAUAGUUGUUAGGAUACAGAUAACCUAAUAUAGUGAAAUAGUGUGAGAUUACUUGAUGUUAAAAUAGUUUUACCGUCCAUAAAUGUAAUUUAUAUAACGUGAACUGACGCUGGUUUGAUAGGAGCUUGUCCACGCAUAGCAGCUCGGAGUGGGCUGGAAGCUUCUACAAGCCGGAAGAACACAACUAGCAACAAGAUUGGACUGCAACUCCAUGUACUUUUGCUCGGAUCAAUCCUCUGUCCAUCAUCUUCAGCUGGUCCAGAAUGCAGCUGCUUGUCUGCUAACUGGGGAUGGAGAUAGACUGCCAGCCUGAGGAGUCCAUUACUUCUACUUUUGAUGAAGACUGUGCUGAACUUGGUGACGUUAAGGACAUGAGAUUGGAAGCAGAAGCAGUGGUCAAUGAUGUUCUCUUUGCCGUGGCUGAGAUGCAUGUGUCGCAAAGUCUCAGCAGUGCAUCAGAUGUGGCCUACAUAAACGUGGGGACAAGAGAGGGGAAUCGUUAUUGUCUGGAACUGACGGAGGCUGGACUCAGGGUGGUGGGCUAUGCUUUCGAUCAGGUUGAUGAGGAUUUGGGCACCCAGUAUCAUGAGACGGUUUACUCACUUCUGGACACGCUCAGUCCGGGUUACAGAGAAGCAUUUGGGAAUGCUCUGCUGCAGAGGCUUGAGAGGCUGCAGCAAAACGGACAGUAAAAGGACCAAGAUCCAGCAGACGCUGAAACCAUGGUUAACCAUGAAGGUCAUGUGUGGAUAUUAGCCAAUAAUAAUCCAGUAUUUACUUUGGCCUAUUAUGUGAUGUCCAACUGCCUAGCUGCCACUACAAUAGGGGCUUCUCAGCCCUAUCAACUUAACUUUGUUCUGAGUUUCAUAACGUUGAAUGACUUCAUGUUACGUACUUAGGUUUAGUGGCUGCUUCAGAUUGGCUGUUUAGAGUCUGUUGCAACAUCGUGCUGUUUACUUUACUCCGGAAACAUCUUCCAGUUUCCUCGCGUUACAACUUUGUAACAGAUGUUGGUUCAGAAUUUAGCUUUUUUUUCUACUCAGUGAUAUGAUCUGAGAAAGAAGCAGCAUGUUUUGUUAAUGGUGAUCCAGCUCCCCUCCUUCUGCUCGUACUAAAGCUGUGACCUGAUAACUGAUAUCUGCUCAAAUAUGCCCAGCUAGUUUUUAUUCAGUAAGUGUCUCUGGGUAGGAGCCAAAGCUGUGUUCCUUUCAAGUUAACACUGCCUUAAUGACUGACUUUUAUUAAGAAAACUAAUAAGAUUAGUUUAUUAACUUUGACUCAUUUUGUACUGACUGAGAUAAUGGUAUUUUUUGAGGCUGUUAGUUUACUGGGAGGUAAAAAAAAAAAAAGAUCUAAACUUAUUUUAAAAGCUCAGACUAUGUGGUGCAGGGAAGACCACCUGGUUUAGUGGGUGUGACAUGAACAGUCAGGGUUCAAGUCCCAAAAAUUACCUUGUGAAGUAAAAAGACUGAUUCUCAGUCCCAGUUAGCAGGUUAAUCCAGAUAUUAAUUUGUUUUGUGUUUCUGUAUUUGAGCUUAAGUUUGUAUUUUAAGUUCUUGUUUUUAAAAAAGGAAGAAAAAAAAUGUUAUUAGUGGUUUUUAAUUCAUUUUCUUUGGUUCUUGCAGACUGUGUAGUAUUUGAUUUUUUUAUGAGGAAUUUUGUAGCUGCUUUAUGUUAUUUUAACUUUUUACUGCACACAUGACCCAGUAAUAAUUCUUCAGUAUUAUAAAAUCUGCUUUUAGGAAAACAUGUUCCCUAUCUGCAUUCAUAUGGUCCAUCCUUGCUGCUGAGCUUUGCUGACAAUAAAAAAAAAACAGAAGUA